AUGUCCACGCGGCGCACGCACACCAAGUCUCGCAACGGCUGCACCAACUGCAAGCGAAGAAAGGUCAAAUGCGAUGAGGUCUGGCCGUGCUGCUUCCACUGCAGGAGGCACAACAUCCCCUGCAGCUUCGCCCUGGCGAGCAAGUCGGCCGUCGACGCCAGGGUCGAAGCGGCAGCGGCAGCCGGCAGCGCGGGCGCUCCCACGCCGCCCAGCAGCGCUGGCCUAGGCCCCGCCACCCCGGUCGGCUUCGGCAUCGGCAUCGGCAUCCCCAACACCGGAAGCCCGUCCGACGACUCUCGCCCGCCGCCCCGGGCCAUCCUCGAGAACGUCGACAGCCUCCUGUACUCCUCGCCAGCCGCAUCCUCCACCGCCUCCACUUCAACCUCCGGCGCGCACCCCAGCAACAACGCGGCCGUCCCGCCGCCGCCGCCGCCCCUCGUGCCGCCGCCCGACAGCGACCCCUGGUCCCGCGACGCCGAGCUCAUGCACCACUACUGCACCGUGACGGCCGACUCGCUCGCCCAGCGCGACGACCUGCGCUACGUGUGGAAGGUCGUCGUGCCGCGCGAGGCCUACGAGCACCGCUUCCUCAUGCACUCGAUCCUGUCCGUCAGCGCCACGCACAAGGCCCUGCUCGUGCCCAGCCGCUGGCACGCCUACGUCAGCAUCGCCGCCUACCACCAGGUCCUCGGCUCCGAGGGGUUCCGCGGCAUGUCGUCCGACAUCAACGACGACAACUGGCGCGCCGUCUACUGCUUCACGGCCGUCAUGGUGCUCUACUACAUCUGCCUGCCCACGCGGUCCGAGAACCGCCGCCUCGAGACGCCCGUCCUGAGCAUCAUGGAGCUGCUCUGCGCCAUCAAGGGCGUCCGGGCCACCGUCGCGCCCUACCUCUCCCGCCUGACGCACUCCGAGUUCCACCCCAUGGUGCUCCGGGUGUUCGACGCCGAAGACGUGGGCCCAGACGCCAGUAAACGAUCCCCGCCCCCGCUGGAGAACUCGUCGCUGCCAGCAAACACCUACCAGGUGCUCAACCAGCUCCGCGUCUCCCUCGCCGCCGACCCGGCGCAGUUCAGCCAGCACUACGUGGACGCGGCGGCCGAGCUGGAGAAGUGCGCCGCGCUCAUCGCCCGCCGCGGCGUCCACGCCGAGCCCGGCGCCGUGCUCUACUGGCCCUACAUGCUGCACGACACCGUCGUCGCCGACAUCCGCAGCAUGAAGCCCCACGCCUUGAUCGUCCUGGCCCACUUCGUCGGCCUGCUCGUCAUAUUCGAAAACAUGUUCUGGUUCACAAGAGGCUGGGCCAAAGCCGUCGUCCGAGAUAUCGACCGGCAGCUGGCAGGGCGGCCAGAGCUGGCGAGCUGGCUGGACUGGCCAAAGCAGCAGGUCAUCUCGGGCUAUGGCUGA